UGCCACCAUUUGACCUCAACUCUCUCAUUUAUAUAUUGGAUAUUCCAUGCAAAACAUGGGUAACUACCUAUGCACCUAAUAAAUCAAUCUGUAGCAUUGUUGAAUCUACUAGCAUUAAACCUAAUAGCAACGGAUUAAAUAUUGGCGAAAAACGUAAAGAAAAGCAUGGUAGUUUAUGUGAUAAACCUGUCCAUCGACCACCUACACCGAUUGAAAUCUGCGGAAAAAUUUUUUGCAAUUCUAAAAAGGAACGAUAUUUUGGAUAUUCAAAUUUUCAAUUACAGCUGCUUUUGCAAGUUGAUU